UAACCCGAUCAGUCGCGUCCAGCGUCCGGAAAGGCAGCGCGGAUCCGCCGACAGCGCUACUUUUAAACUCCGUGUCUAAGUAUCAUUUUUCUCAGAGGGUUAAAAAAGGAACAGCUAAUGCUGGAAAAAAAAUGAGACAGCUGAGGAGAGGAAAAACUGCAACUUCUUCAUAGUUUUGUUUUUGUUUCAUGUAUUGCGGCUUCAGUGAGUGAAACGGGCAGAAAGGAGGGGGGAUGAAGCUGUGAGGGUUUCAUAGCAUCAUGGCCUUUCUUCUAUGCAUCCUCGCUGUGUGCCGUGCCAAGUGAUUGUCUCCAGAAAACGGGAAUUUUCACUCGUCCGGAAAUCUGGAUACUUUCCAUAAAAUCAUCCCAUGAUAGAAAACACCCCCUCCGACAAAACAUGAACAACAUAUCAUGCCAGAACAGCACGUCCAUUAUGGGCGACUCUGUCAAACUGAUAACAAGCAUCGUCAUGUUUUUGGCUGGAGUCGGGGGAAACAUGCUGGCUCUCUUCAUCCUCGGGGUGCAUCAGAAGGAGCACCGCUCCAAGUCCUCGGUAUUCUGCAUCCUGGUGACGGGCCUGGCCCUCACUGACCUGCUGGGAACCUGCCUCCUCAGCCCACCCGUGUUCGUCUGCUACGCGUAUGACAUGACGUUAAAAAGCCUGGGGGGUGAAAUACUUUGCAACCUGUUCGGCUUUGCCGUGAGCUUCUUCGGGCUGGCACCCACUCUCAUCCUGUGCGCAAUGGCCCUGGAGCGCUGCUUGGCCAUCAGCCACCCGUACUUUUACUCAGUGAACAUCCGCCGCAGCUUUGCCAAAUUCACCCUUUUCUUUAUCUACCUCUUCUCUUUGGCCUUCUGCCUCUUGCCGUACAUCGGGUAUGGUAAAUUCCAGCAGUACUGCCCGGGGACGUGGUGUUUCAUUGACAUGAAGGCCACCGACGACGCUAACAAACUGGUCAUAGCCUUCUCCCUGUCAUACUCCUCGCUCAUGGCACUGCUGAUCUCCAUCGUGUUCAUCUGCAACGGCUCGGUGAUCGUCAGCCUCUGCAAGAUGCACCGGAAUCACGUGAUGCGCCGCGGCUCCGUGGUGUCCAUGGCGCGGAAGAAAAGGCUGAGCGUGGCCUGGUUCGGACGCGGGGAAGAGGAGAUGGACCACCUGGUGCUGUUGGCGCUUAUCACGGUCAUCUUUGUAGUUUGCUCCCUGCCUCUAACAAUUGCUGGCUUCAUCAAUGCCAUUAAACCAUUUGUUGGAGACGAGGAAAACUUGACAGCUUUCCGCUUUUAUGCUUUGAACCCCAUCGUGGAUCCCUGGGUUUUCAUCAUCUGCCGCAAGUCUGUGUUUCGUCACCUCUGCUCGCUGCUAAGCUGCUGGUUUAGCAAAGGAGCCAUGAAGACGACGGCGCACUGUGCUUUGUCUUUACCCCUUGAUAACUCCAUACACCGCAACCCGUGAACCCAGGAGCCGCACUUACUGACAAAAAUGACUAUUUACCACAACCCAGAAGACUCCUAAGUUGGUAAGAAUGAAGGACUCCAGGCAGAGAGACUUUCUCAUCUGAAAAAAACUGUUUGACCAAUCUCUGAAAUGUAAGAGAUCUUGAAUGUACAGUUUGUGUUCAUAGACGAAUGAUAAUUUGAUUGUGUUCGUCACCAUCACUCCGUUUCAUCACUGCAAGGGGAGAUGUGCCAAAGACAAUAACUUCACUCAGCGUAGCGCUUUUAGCCAUGUUCGAUAUUCACACAGAUAAACUGAUGUGGAUAUUUAACAUGCACGACUAUACAAUAUUGUUUUCCUCCAAACGUACAAUUUCCUGAACACACAGUAAGAAUUUUAACCUUCACAGCAUGCUUAAUAUCAGCUAAAGAUCACUUGAAGCCAUUUUACCUCAUAAUCUAAGCCUCAUCAAGGAUAGGUGACUUUCAGAUAGAAAUGUACUAUUAAAAUUAGAUACAUGUAGAAACUAGGUGGCACAGACACAUUUCUAUUGGGAACCUGUACAAGAAACUACAGUGUAAAAGGUCUUAAUACCAAAAUGCAGCUUAAAGGUAGAGUCAGCGCUUUUUUUUUUUUUUUUCGGAAAUGUAAGUAGGAAAUACCUAUGUCAUUUUUUUAAUAACUGCGCAUGUGCAAGACCUUCACCUGCUCUUCAGCUCCUCAGGGGGAUCGCGAGAAGAAAU